AUGACGUCGAACGUCUGCUCGAUAAAGGGUAUACCGGGACUCAUCAGUAAACAAGACCCGCCUCCACUGUCUCAGUGGGAACAUUCUGGGGGCAUGUGCCGCCAACCAGGCCGUACGACGAUGACGACGAGCAGCGGUAAGGGGCGGACCUACAAAUUUGUGACAUGCCCGCAGAUCAACUUCCCGCAGUCGUUUCCUGUGAGACAAACUGGAGACAAAACGGCGACAAACUGGCAACAAACUGGCGACAAAACUGGCGACAAACUGGAGACAAAACAAGCGACAAACUGGAGACAAAACGGCGACAAAACGGCGACAAACUGGCGACAAAACGGCGACAAACUGGUGACAAACUGGCGACAAAACGGAGACAAAACGGCGACAAACUGGAGACAAACUGGAGACAAAACGGCGACAAACUGGAGACAAAACGGCGACAAACUGGAGACAAAACGGCGACAAACUGGAGACAAACUGGAGACAAAACGGCGACAAACUGGAGACAAAACGGCGACAAACUGGCGACAAACUGGAGACAAAACGGCGACAAACAGGAGACAAACUGGUGACAAACUGGAGACAAAACGGCGACAAACUGGAGACAAACUGGAGACAAAACGGCGACAAACUGGAGACAAACUAGAGACAAACUGGAGACAAACUGGCGACAAAACGGCGACAAACUGGAGACAAACUAGAGACAAACUGGAGACAAACUGGAGACAAAACGGCAACAAACUGGCGACAAAACGGCGACAAACUGGAGACAAACUAGAGACAAACUGGAGACAAACUGGAGACAAAACGGCGACAAACUGGAGACAAAACGGCGACAAACUGAGACAAACUGGAGACAAACUGGAGACAAAACGGCGACAAACUGGAGACAAACUGGAGACAAACUGGAGACAAAACGGCGACAAACUGGAGACAAACUGGAGACAAACUGGUGACAAACUGGAGACAAAACGGCGACAAACUGGAGACAAAACGGCGACAAACUGGAGACAAACUGGAGACAAAACGGCGACAAACUGGAGACAAACUGGAGACAAACUGGUGACAAACUGGCGACAAAACGGCGACAAACUGGAGACAAACUGGAGACAAACUGGUGACAAACUGGAGACAAAACGGCGACAAAUUGGAGACAAACUGGAGACAAAACGGCGACAAACUGGAGACCAACUGGAGACAAACUGGAGACAAAACGGCGACAAACUGGCGACAAAACGGCAACAACCUGGCUACAAAUAUCGACAAAAGACAAGGGAAAACAAAUUAUUCGCCUUC